AGGAGGCUUUAGGAUGACGAGCUGCCGCACGCUCGCAUUCACACCUCCAUACAUCCUGCAGGAAAUACUCACUUGGUCUGUGUGAAUAUUGUGCAGUGUUUGAUGGUGGACUCCUCUGCUCCCUCAGUAACAUGGACUGUCCCCCCUUGCAGCUCAGCAUUAUGGGCCUGAAACCAGUAGAUGUUGUUUUUUCACGAGUAAAGCUCUGAAUCUGAGUCUGAACUGCAGCUGCUUCUUAUUGAAUCCUGACCCUCAGUGUCUGUUUGAAUUCUCAGAGUUGCUAAAAUGCCUUUCAUGCCGGUGAAGUUCAACCUGCAGAAGCGGGUCAAGCUGGCUCAGGGUCUAUGGAUGCUCUACUGGUUUUCAGUCAUCGCAGGGAUCCUCAUCUUCAGCCUCGGCAUCUUCUUCAAGAUUGAGCUGCGGAAGAGAAGUGAGAUGAUGGACAACAAUGAGAGCCACCUGGUGCCCAACUUGCUGAUCCUGGUGGGAUUGCUGGCUUGCGGCCUUAAUGCCUUUGGAGGGAAGGUGUGCCAUGACUCUCUGGAUCCCAUCAAGUUCUCCAAAUGGAAGCCGAUGUUGAAGACAUAUUUGCUGCUGUGCUGCGGCUUCAACGUGUUGCUGGUACUCGUGUCGCUGCUCUGCUUCCUUAUGCAGUUCUCCGUAUACCUGACACUGGCCGAGGGCCUGAGUUACGCCAUCCGGUUUUACAAGGACACGGACACUCCAGGGCGCUGCUUCAUGAAGAGGACGCUGGACAUGACGCAGAUCGAGUUCCACUGCUGCGGGAACAACAAUUUCAGGGAUUGGUUUGAGGUUCAGUGGAUCAGCAACCGCUACCUGGACAUGAGCAACGAUGUGGUCAAAGAUCGAGUCCUCAGUAACGUGGAGGGGAAGUAUCUGAUGGACAGCGUCCCAUUCAGCUGCUGUAACCCCGGGUCCCCCCGGCCCUGCAUCCAGCACCACCUGACCAAUAACUCUGCUCAUUACGACUAUGACCACCGCACAGAGGAGCUCAACAUCUGGACCCGGGGCUGCCUUGAGGCCCUCUUCUCCUAUUACAGCAGCCUGAUGAGCAGCAUUGGUGUUUUUGUCCUCUUUGCCAUCAUCCUGGAGUCUGUGGACAUGGCAGGGCUGAAGUACUUGAGCACAGCGCUUGAGACGAUGGCAGAGCCGGAGAACCCCGAGUGUGAGAGUGAGGGCUGGCUGCUCGAGAAGGGCGUCAAGGAGACGUUCAGCGAUCUGCUCACCAAAUUGAAGACCUUUGGGAGGACCAACCAGGUGGAAGGCGGAGAUGCUCCAGAGGCCAACACCUGAUAGCCAAACCCACCACAGAGGACUGAUGUCUCCCCUUCUCUUCACCCCCCUCAAAUGCCAUCUCUCCCCCCAUAAGAGGGAGAAAAGAACUGUAUAUAAGCCACACAUGCACAUUAAUGUGAACAUUUGAAGUUCCUGUGAAUGUCGAUAUUUUCUGUAAAUAUGUUAAACAGAGUUUAUUUUUAAAAAAGAGGAACGUGCUCCUGUAAUUAAAACAUCAUCACCCCUUUCAGAGUAGCAGUUCCUGUCAGGCGGUGGUUAGACCAUCAGACAGCAUCGGGUCCCAGUGAGUCUAUUCCCACCAAUGUGUCUGAGUGUUGCAGUUCCGUGUUUGUCCAGCAGGGAGCACACAGCCAAGACAGCACGGAUCCAUCGACGUCAUCAUUAGUGUAAAAAGAUCAACCUAGUUAUUAUUUCUUACAUCCAGAUGUUUGAAUGUGUGUCAUUUCUGCUGGCUUUCUCCAGCAAUCACUGGAGACUUUAACAUGAGAGAACAAACCACUAAGCAGCACACAACGUACCAGUGCUGCCAUCUGUGAGAGCAGGCAGCAAUGACAGAGGUUCAUACACAGCAGCAUGACUCCUGUAUAAAACUCCUGUCAGUACAGAGGCUCAGAUGGUGUUCACACAGCUGUACUUAUUGCCUGUAUACGAAACAUGCACAUGCAGGUGUAUAUACAGGUGUAAAGUUAAUGUAACUGAUGUAGGACUAACAGAAACGGCACAUCUUACAUUAUUAUAAAGGCCGGUGUGCACAGGUGUAUACAGAGCUAAGCACAUAAACUACAGGUAUAAAAAUGAUCAUUUGUCAGUUUGAUGUGGUCGUUAUUUUUCUUUUCUUUUUUUUUAAAUGUCAACAUCUUAUCAAGUCUUUGUUGAUAAAUGGCUACCGAAUGCUUCACCUUAACACAAGUUAAGUGUGUUUCUGCUUGGGUCUGUUCAUUAUGCACUGAGCAGGUGAGUUAACAGCACUGACUGUCUCUGCAGUUUAAAAAAUUUAAUACCCCUCACUGACGAAAUGCUCCUAGUGUGAUUUCAAACCGCACAACGAAUGGAGCAAAGCUGUGUCCAACACAUGCCAUCACAGAUGGGUUAUUCCUGCAGGUGUGGGUGACAUGUCCAGAAAGAACACCCGGCAGACUGAAUUCAGGUUGAAAAAUGGGCUGUGGCAAUCGUGUGAUUGGUUAUGAGGCGUUUCCUUUAUUGCUUUCUUUCUCUGUAAGGUCUGAAACCUGUGAUUAUUUAAGGGACAGGAAAGAGAGAGAGAAAUCUGCUCUCAGAUUUGUAGUUAAAGCCAAGUCCACUGCAUAGAGCAUCAUAUGUUUCUGUUUCUUUGGAGAGAGUGAUGUCUUCAGUCAGUUGUUGUGGGUUGGUUGGAGCUUCUAGUUCUGUGUAUGAUAAAACCUAUAAAGAGAUUGUGACUGAAA